AUGGCGGGGGCUCGGGGGCUCUGGCUGCCCUGGCUCUGCCUGCGGCUGCUGGCGAGCGCAGCCUUCAACCUGGACGCCACCAGCACCCUGCUGAAGGACGGGGACAAGGGCAGCCUCUUCGGCUUCGCCGUGGCUCUGCACCGGCAGCUCAGCCCCGAGCCGGCCGGCUGGCUGCUGGUGGGGGCCCCCCAGGCGCCGGCGCUGCCCAGCCAAGGUGCCAACCGGACCGGGGGGCUCUUCGCCUGCCCGCUGACCCCCGAGCUCUCCGACUGCUGGCGGGUGCCCAUCGACGAGGGAGUGGACCUGCAGCGGGAGAGCAAGGAGAACCAGUGGCUGGGGGUGAGCGUGAAGAGCCAAGGUGCCGGCGGCAAGAUCGUGACGUGCGCCCACCUGUACGAGGCGCGGCACCGGGUGCGACAGCCCCUGGAGACGCGGGAUGUGAUCGGGCGCUGCUUCGUGCUGAGCCAGGACCUGCGGGUGCGGGACGAGCUGGACGGGGGCGAGUGGAAGUUCUGCGAGGGGCGGCCGCAGGGCCACGACCGCUUCGGCUCCUGCCAGCAGGGCCUGGCCGCGGCCUUCAGCCCCGACCACCAUUACAUCCUCUUCGGGGCCCCCGGCACCUACAACUGGAAAGGGAACCUGCGCGUGGAGCUGCUUAACCAGAGCUCCCUCGACCUCCUGCGCUACGACGACGGGCCCUACGAAGCCGGGGGCGAGAAGGACCAGGACCCCUCGCUCAUCCCCGUGCCCGCCAACAGCUACUUCGGGCUGCUCUUUGUGACAAACAUUGAUAGCUCAGACCCCGACCAGCUGGUCUACAAAACCCCCGAGCCCAGCGAGAAGGUGCCCGGCGCGGCCGGCGACGUGGCCCAGAAUAGCUACUUGGGCUUCUCGGUGGACUCGGGCGCGGGGCUGACGCGGAGGCGGGAGCUGAGCUUCGUCACCGGAGCCCCCCGCGCCAACCACACCGGGGCCGUGGUCAUCCUGCGCCGCGACAGCGCCAACCGCCUGGUGCCCGAGGCCGUGCUGCCCGGCCAGCAGCUCACCUCUGCCUUCGGCUACGCCGUCGCCGUGCUCGACCUCAACAGCGAUGGCUGGAUGGACCUGGUGGUGGGGGCCCCCCACUUUUUUGAGCGCAAGGAGGAGAUCGGGGGGGCCGCCUACGUCUACAUCAACCCGGCGGGGCGCUGGGACUCCGCCACCCCCCUCCGCCUCAAUGGCACCCGCGGCUCCAUGUUCGGCAUCGCCCUCAGCGCCGCCGGGGACCUCAACCAGGAUGGCUUUGAGGACCUGGCCGUGGGAGCCCCCUUUGACGGCGCCGGCAAAGUCUACAUCUACCACGGCAGCAACCUGGGCAUCGUGGCAAAGCCGGCGCAGGUCCUGGACGGGGAGGGCGUGGGAGUGACGGCCUUUGGGUAUUCCCUCUCGGGGGGGCUGGACGUGGACGGGAACCUCUACCCCGACCUGCUCGUCGGCUCCCUCUCCGACACCGUCGUGCUGUACAGGGCUCGGCCGGUUGUCCACGUCUCCAGGAACGUCUCCCUGCUCCCCAACAUCGACCUGGAGCAGAGCAACUGCCAGCACCAGGAGGGCGUCUGCGUGGAUGUCCGAGCCUGCUUCAGCUACAUGGCCAGUACUGCCAGCUACAGCCCCCGCCUCGUGCUGGAGUACGUGUUCGAUGCCGACACGGACCGCCGGCGGCGGGGCCAGGCCCCCCGCGUCUCCUUCCUCGGCCGCCGUCCCUCGGACCCCGAGCACCAGUUCUCUGACACGGUGGAGCUGCCCCGGCAGCACGCCCGCGCCUGCGUCAAAGCCACCUUCCAGCUCCACGACAGCAUCCGUGACAAGCUGCGCCCCAUCACCGUCACCCUCGCCUACGGCAUCCAGGGAGCCGGGGCCACACGGCAGAGCCGGGGGGCUGCGCGGCAGAGCCGGGGGGCCACCUUGCCACCCCUGUUGCCCGUGCUCAGCCCCCAGCAGCCCAGCAGCCACCGCACCGAGGUGCAUUUCCUGAAGCAGGGCUGCGGGGACGACAAGAUCUGCCAGAGCAACCUCCAGCUCCGCUUCCAGUUCUGCGCCCGCCUGGGGGACGCCGAUUUUCUGCCCCUGCCCCGGGGCGCAGAUGGCACCGCCGUCUUCGCCAUGAGCGACCAGAAGGACGUGGCCCUGGAGAUCCACGUCACCAACCUGCCCUCGGACCCGGCGGAGCCGCAGCGGGACGGGGACGAUGCCCACGAGGCCCUGCUCACUGCCACCUUCCCCCCGGAGCUGCCCUACUCUGCCCUGCGCCCCUACGACGGCCGGGCGUCCUCGGACAAGCCGGUGGUGUGCCUCGCCAACCAGAACGGCUCGCAGGUGGAGUGCGAGCUGGGGAACCCCAUGAAACGCGGAGCCCAGGUACGGUUCUUCCUCAUCCUCAGCACCCUGGGCAUCACCAUCCAGACCACGGACCUGGCGGUGGAGCUGGCCCUGUCCACGAUCAGUGAACAGCCGGGGCUGGAGCCGGUGGUGGCUCGCGCCCGCGUGGUCAUCGAGCUGCCGCUCUCCGUGACGGGCGUGGCCGUGCCGCCCCGGCUCUUUUUCGGCGGGGUGGUGCGGGGGGAGAGCGCCAUGCGGCGGGAGAGCCAGGUGGGCAGCGCCGUGCGCUUCGAGGUCACGGUCUCCAACCGGGGCCAGUCGCUGAAGACGCUGGGCUCGGCCUUCCUCACCCUCCUCUGGCCCCACGAGAUCAGCAACGGGAAAUGGCUGCUCUACCCCCUGCACCUGGAGCUGGCGGCUCCCCCGGGGCAGCGGGCGGCCUGCAGCCCCCCCGCCAACCCGCUGCGCCUCGCCCUGGAGCCACAGGGGGAAGCUGACCCUGCCGAGGCGCCCACCCCGGGGUCCUGGUGGGUGCCGGCACCCGCGGAGAGGAGGAGGAACGUCACGCUGGACUGUGCCCAGGGCACCGCGCACUGCCUGGCCUUCCGCUGCCCGCUGCACAGCUUCGAGCGCGCCGCCGUGCUGACGGCCCGCGGGCGCCUCUGGAACAGCACCUUCCUGGAGGAGUACCUGGCCGUCACCUCGGUGGAGCUGAUCGUGCGCGCCAGCGUCUCGGUGACCUCCUCCAUCAAGAACCUGGUGCUGAAGGACGCCUCCACGCAGAUCCCCGUCUCCAUCUACCUGGACCCCGGGGCGGCGGUGGCCGGCGGCGUGCCCUGGUGGGUCAUCCUGCUGGCCGUGCUGGCCGGCAUCCUCGUCCUGGCCCUGCUCGUCUUCAUCCUCUGGAAGCUGGGCUUCUUCCGCCGGGCGCGCUACGCGCCGCCGGCCGUGCCGCAGUACCAUGCCGUGAAGAUCCCGCGGGAGGAGCGGCAGCAGUUCCGCGAGGAGAAGACGGGCACCAUCCAGAGGAAGGAGUGGGCCGCCAACUUGAGCGAGGCCAGCGACGGCCAUGUCGCCCCCAGCUCGGCGUAGACCCCCCCAGGCCCUGGGGACGGCAUGGGGACAGUGGCACGCGCACGGGACGCUAGACCACGGGACCGUCCUCCCUGGCCCUGGGGAAGGACCCUCUGGCACCGCGUGUGGGGAGGCACACGUGUGUGCCGGCACACGCCUGCCUUAGCCGGGCGCACACGGGACUGCUGGCACUGGGAUGGGGCCCGUUUGCCCCACGGGAAGGGCUCAGCCCCACGGGGUCAGCUCGGCCCCACAGCGAUGCUCGACCCAAUAAAAGGAGCAGCCCGU